AUGCCCAGUCUGAGUGGUGCUGGAGUUCCUGUUGUUGGCCUCGCUCCCGGGCCCGGUGCGGGAGUCACGUUGACGUCCUCGGGCCCCCCAGAGCUCAGCAAUCUGUUGCCCUCUCCGGCGCCCAUCGACCCUGACGAGACCCACGGCCGACACGUUAACGAACCAUAUACGACCUCAUUGCAGCAACGCCAGCAGCAGGCUGCGGACUAUUAUCGGGCACAGCACAAUUAUUCGCGGGUGUCGAGUUCUUCGGGCAGCGUUGCGUACAGCCUCCGGCGCACGCCAAAUUUUGAAGAUCCACGAGCACGGCCAAGAGCUUCGUCCAUUGACUCGGCGCAGCCUCAACCACCUCAACCCACACGCGCCGUCCGCUUCGCCGACACCGCCCCAUCCGCCGAACAAUCGAGUCGCCGUCCGCGCGCAGCCUCUCAAUCGCGGGGUUCCGACCUUUUUGCGCCCCAUCCUGCCCUCCGCAUCUCGCGCGGCACCGCUUCGGCAAUCCACUUCGUCCUCGAGGAAGCCAUCCGCACGCCAUUCCCCUUCACCCCCGACCUGGCGGAAGAGAACGCGUCCAUGGCAGAUCUGACUGCCGGCGGCGGCGGCGGCGGUAAUGGCCGCGCUGCCAACGGCGGUGCCCGCGCAGCAGUCGGGCCUGUGCCUGUGCCGCAGUCGGAUCGCUCCAAUAUUCAAACGCCCCGCAUGAUCAUGAAUCAGCGGCGUGAGCGCGAGGCCCGCCGGCAACAGACUGAAGCGGACGCUGCCCGUGCAGCAGAAGAGCAACGGAAGGCUGAAGAGGAUCAGCGGAGAAGAAGCGCGGCGCGACGGGCCGACGCUGCUGGCGUUGCUGGCGCACCAACGACGAGCGCAAUAGACCCGGGAGCGCAACGGCAGCCCCAGCCCGCUCCCUCAAGACCGAGCGAGGCACCGUAUGCAACAUAUCCACCUGCAGGGAGUGGAGUCCCAAGGCAGCCCGAGCGAGUAGUGCCCACCUCAACUGCGCCGAUAAACCCUCCCGUCCCUCCACAAGCUCAAGACACAUCGUCAGGUGCCCACCAUGGUAGGCCGAGGGCAAGCUCACAGGCACAGCAGCAACCUCGCCCUGCUCCACCGUACCAAGCCGGCCCAAGCGACUCUCGACGGCCAUCGACUUCACAGCACUUGAGACACCCCUCUGCUCCUGCUGGACCUUCACAGGCUCGACCUGGUCCAUCCGCAGCCCCCCCUCCCCCACCACCACCUCAAUCAUCUGCAGCUGGUCCGUCCGGGAGUCAGCCUCGCCAAUCUACCACCUCGACGUUUCCACACGCAUUCGAGCGAUGGGAGACUCUGUCGUCACAUUGGGAAGGCCUAACAUCGUAUUGGAUACGGCGGCUGGAGCAGAAUACAGAUGAGGUCCGCCGAGAACCCCUAGCUCAGCAAAUGUCACGCCAGAUAACAGACUUGUCAGCAGCUGGGGCCAAUCUAUUUCACGCUGUGGUAGAGCUGCAACGUCUUCGGGCGUCGUCAGAGCGCAAAUUCCAGAGGUGGUUUUAUGAGCACCGGCAAGAACAAGAGCGAGCUCAAGAGAGGGAAGCUCAACUAGAGCACACUCUGAGAGUUGAGCGCGAAGCGCGAGCAGAUGCUGCGGCUAAUAUGGAUCGCCUGGCCCAGGAAAAGAAGAAUGCAGAACGAAUGGUUGGUGAGAUGAAACGGGAACUACAAAUAUCAAAAGAGGAGGCACGCAGAGCAUGGGAAGAGCUCGGGAGACGAGAGCAAGAAGAGCGCGAUCGUACAUUCUCCCUGCGAGAAGGUCAACCAACUCUAGUAGGCGGCGUACAGGUUGUACCAAUGGCGCAGGGGGUUGGCAGGCAUGGAAGUGUAUCUCACCAACCACAAGGAGGUGGGGAAGCCUUCGGAGCGGGUGCGGGUCCGUCAGGUGGUCCAAGAAUUGAGCAACACUACUCAUACGAAGAAGGCCAAUCGCCAACCGACACUGAUCCUUUCACUGAAGCAGCACGCCACGGCGCGACUCUUCGACACGAGCCUGAUGUUCCAACUCUUUCCCAAGGGACAUACGUUCCCACAGGUGCUUCAACUGCCCGUCCCCCUAGCUCUACUCAUUCUCAAGCGUCGGAACCACCUCAAGUGCCAGCUCCAUUGCAUCCUCGACACCAUACUACCAACGCUCAACACCCCACCGUUCAGCCAACCACGUCACGUCCAGAGGCAUUCUAUCAGCAACCAGAGACAUAUCUUCAUGGAGAAACCCCCGUGAGUAUCCCAGAGGAUGAGAGGUCCUAUGUAACAUCGCAUGGCGGGGAAACUUCUGAGGCCGAUGAAGAGUACGCUAUCGAUGACUACGGGAACUUCAUCCUUGAUGACGCUGGUCACCGUGUCCCGUAUCGAGCCCUGCGCGAACGCGAUUCAGAUGAGUAUGAUGUCCAGGAAGACCGCCGUCGCGAGCUAGAGCAUCUGCAACGGUACGGAACAGCAGCCGUAGGCCCGAGCGGCUACGCAACUGCCUCCGGUGCCGAACAACCUUAUACUCAGACCUCCACCCUCAACCCUCCCGACUACAGUGGUGCAGGAUACGGCAACGAGUGGCCAGGCAUGAGACACCACCAUCCCACAAGGCUGAGCGAUGUUCCCGAGGAAGAUGAGAGGAGUCGGACGUCACCUAGUAGGGCAAGUCAAGCUAGUCGAGGGAUGUACUGA